AUGAGAGGGUUUAACAAUUACACCGCAGUGACUGAAUUCAUCUUGGUUGGAUUCUCUCUGCCUCCACAGGUACGUUACAUCCUGUUCACAAUUUUUUUCCUCAUCUACAUGAUGACUUUGACUGCCAAUAUGCUCAUCAUGUUGGCUAUCCGAAUGGACAGCACCCUGCACACCCCCAUGUACUUCUUCCUGCUCAUCCUCUCACUCUCCGAGACCUGCUAUACCUUUGUUAUCAUUCCCAACAUGCUGGCCACUUUACUGGCCACGGGCAGAGCCAUAUCCCUGGGUGGCUGUGCCCUGCAGAUGUACUUCUUCUUGUCCUUGGCAGCAACCAACUGUUGCCUGCUGGCAGUGAUGGGGUAUGAUCGUUAUGUGGCCAUCUGUCACCCACUGCGCUACCCAGUGCUGAUGAACCCACGUGUCUGUGUCCAGCUGGUGGCUGCCUGUUUCUUUGGUGGCUUUCUGUUUCCAAUUUUAAUGGUUUCCCUCAUAUUCCAUGUGUCAUACUGUGGUCCCAAUAGGAUCAACCAUUUCUUCUGUGACACCUCCCCAGUGCUCCAGCUAGCCUGCACUGACAGCAAGGUCCCAGAAAGCAUUGUGUAUCUUGCUGGCGUCAUCUUCAUCAUCAUGGACCUGCUACUGAUCCUGAUCUCCUACAUUUUUAUUCUCACUGCCAUCCUCAAGAUCUCCUCAGCUCAGGGUCGGCACAAGGCCUUCUCCACCUGUGCUGCACACCUCACCGUAGUAAUGGUACACUAUGGCUGUGCUGGCAUCAUCUACCUGAGACCCAAAUCUGCCCGCUCACUUGAGGAGGACAAGCUCAUUACUGUGUCCUACACGGUCUUCACCCCAUUGCUUAACCCCAUGAUAUAUAGCCUGAGAAACAAGGAGGUGAGACUGGCGCUUCAGAGAACGCUGGCCAGGAUAUUCUGCCCCCAGGAAGCAUAA